ACACCCUGAUGUCUCUCCUGUGAGGAGGAGUCUCAGGCUGCUGCUGCUGCUGGGGAGGGUGUAGCUGCUGCUGUUCCCCGUCUGUUUUGUUUCUGCAGCUGCUCCCUGUAUUCCCCAUCUCUGCACCGACAGCUGAUUUAUUAUACCUGAUAUUUGUGCAGCCCCGGUGUGUGACAGCAGUCCGUGCUGCUAUAGGGAUCUGAGGACUCUUAUCGCGGUCUGCUGUCAGCCUCACUGAAGGUCCCAUCCCAGGCUGUCCUACCUCUGCAUUCACUGCAGCUAUGAUUGGAGCCGCUGCAAGAUUAGCCAAAGACAGGGAACUGGCCAAUGGCUUUGGUACCAAUGACAAGGCUCUGAAAUACCUCAACCAGGACUAUGAGGCUUUGAGGAAUGAGUGCAUCCAGUCUGGGACCCUCUUCAAAGACACCUACUUCCCUGCCAUCCACUCCAGCCUGGGGUUUAAUGAGCUGGGACCUAACUCCUCCAAAACUCAAGGUGUGGUGUGGAAGAGACCCACGGAACUGAGCUCCAACCCACAGUUUAUCGUUGGAGGUGCAACUCGGACAGAUAUCUGCCAAGGAGCAUUGGGGGACUGCUGGCUCCUGGCAGCUAUCGCAUCACUUACCCUGAAUGAGCAAGUAAUGUCCCGUGUGGUUCCCAAAGACCAAAGCUUCCAGGAAAAUUACGCUGGAAUAUUCCAUUUUCAGUUCUGGCAGUAUGGAGAGUGGGUGGACGUGGUUGUAGAUGACAGACUGCCCACCAAAAAUGGAGAACUGGUCUUUGUUCAUUCAGCAGAGGGCAGUGAAUUCUGGAGCGCUCUCAUGGAGAAAGCUUAUGCCAAGUUAAACGGAUCUUAUGAAGCUCUGUCAGGAGGAUCGACCACUGAAGGUUUUGAAGAUUUCACAGGUGGUAUUGCAGAGUGGUAUGAGCUGAAGAAGGCACCAGCAAAUCUAUUUAAAAUCAUCCAAAAAGCUCUGAAGACCGGCUCCCUACUAGGCUGCUCCAUUGACAUCACAAGUGCAGCUGAGACAGAAGCCAUCACUUUCCAGAAACUUGUGAAGGGCCACGCGUACUCGCUGACCGCAGCAGAGGAGAUUAACUACAAUGGGCGUCUGGAAAAUCUGGUUCGAAUCCGAAAUCCAUGGGGAGAAGUUGAAUGGACUGGAGCCUGGAGUGACAAUUCCAACGAAUGGAAUUCUGUUGACCCAGCAGAUCGUGACAGGCUGAUUAAGAGAUGCGAUGAUGGGGAGUUUUGGAUGUCAUACAAAGACUUUUUAAGACAAUACUCAAGACUGGAAAUCUGCAACCUUACCCCAGACACGCUGGCAUCUGAGAAAUAUAAGAAGUGGAGCUUGGUCAAAAUGGAUGGGACUUGGCGUAGGGGCUCUACUGCCGGGGGAUGUAGAAAUUACCCAGACACCUUCUGGAUGAAUCCUCAGUACAUGGUUAAACUGGAAGAAGAAGAUGAUGAUCCAGAUGAUAAUGAAGUAGGCUGCACCUUCCUUGUGGGUUUGAUUCAGAAGAACCGUAGAAAGCAGAGGAAGAUGGGAGAGGACAUGCACACCAUAGGAUUUGCCAUCUAUGAGGUCCCAAAGCAGUUCUCUGGGCAGACGAACGUUCACUUGAGCAGAGAUUUCUUCCUGAGGAACAAAGCCCGCGACAAAUCUGACACUUUCAUUAACCUACGCGAGGUUCUCAACCGGUUUACGCUGCCACCAGGCGAGUACAUCAUUGUGCCAUCCACAUUUGAACCCAACAAAAUCGGAGAUUUUUGCUUACGCGUUUUCUCAGAGAAGAAUACAGAGUCACAAGUUGUCGAUGAUGACAUUGAGGCUGACAUUGAAGAGGUUGAUCCCAGUGAAGAUCAAAUUGAUCCCAGUUUCAAAAAUUUAUUUAAGCAUCUUGCAGGAGAGGAUAAAGAGAUCUCCGCAUUUGAACUUUGUAACAUUCUAAAGAGAGUGAUCUCAAACCGAGAAGAUAUUAAAUCUGACGGAUUUAGCAUAGAAACCUGCAGGACUAUUGUGGAUCUAUUGGAUUCUGAUGGAUCCGGGAAACUGGGCCUGAAGGAAUUCAAUAUCCUUUGGUCAAAAAUACUGAAAUACCAGGGAAUUUAUAGGAAGGUUGAUGUAGAUCGAACAGGCACAAUGAAUGCAUAUGAGAUGAGGAAAGCUGUGGAAGCUGCAGGUUUUAAGUUGAAUUCCCACUUGCAUGAGUUAUUAGUGGCACGGUACGCUGAUGAUGAAAUGACUAUAGACUUUGAUAACUUUGUGCGGUGUUUGAUCCGCCUGGAGAUCAUGUUUAAACUCUUCAGACAGUUGGACAGUGAGAAUACCGGAGUUGUGCCUCUCACAAUGCCAGCAUUUUUGUCCUUUACAGUAAUUUGAGGUUUGGUCAAAAUGAAGAGAAGACCGCAAUAAAUCGGAAGGAAAAAUACAAAACUGACUUGGAACUGUAAAAUAAUGUUGCAUUUGGGAUUUUGGGUGCCUUAAAAGACCUUUUA